GGAGUGAGGGUUUUGGACGAAUGUAGCCUGGGAGAUCCUUUUGAAGUCUCGAUAAAUGUCAUGCAUGCGGCGUUGGGUGAAGUGGCGUCAGUAAGGUUCACAAGAAGUGGGCUUAUAUAGAUAUUUUUUUGUGUCAACGGAGCAGAAGAAGCGUGCAUUGGGCCUCAAGAAGAUAUGAGUGGAAUAUUUUGUGUAUGGAUCUUCAAAUCAGAGCGCCUAUCAAGGGGGUUAUCUCUGGGGUUGUGUGUAAUGGAAGUGAAAUGGCUAGCUUAGUUAGCGGUGGUGCGCGCUAAAUAGCGUUUCAAUCGGUGACGUCACUUGCUCGGAGACCUUGAAGUAGUUGUUCCCCUUGCUCUGCAAGGGCCGCGGCUUUUGUGGAGCGAUGGGUAACGAUGCUUCGUGGGUGACUGUUGUUGAUGUGUGCAGAGGGUCCCUGGUUCGCGCCCGGGUAUGGGCGAGGGGACGGUUUAAAGUUAUACUGUUACAUGCGCAUAAAGUAUGUGCAGAUGUAAUACCAGAGGAAGUAGAUGGAGUGGUUGGUGCCCUUUGACUGACCCGUAUGGUGGAUUGAGUGAAGAAAUUAACUUCAUCCACACUUUUGUUUACAGCCAAGGCAUUGGGGCGGCAGGGUAGCCUAGUGGUUGGAGUGUUGGACUAGCAACCGAAAGGUUGCAAGCUCAAAUCACCGAGCUGACAGAAGCUGUCGUUUUGCCCCCGAACAGGCAGUUAACCCACCGUUCCUAGGCCGUCAUUGUAAAUAAGAAUUUGUUCUUAACCGACUUGCCUAGUUAAAUAAAGGUAAAAUAAAAAUUGCAAUAAAUCCAGGUAAAGGAUGUUCUGCCCUCACAGGCCCCCGAGCCUGUUUAGUAGGGGUGUGACUUGAAUUGUAAUGUGACUGACAGAGUGUGAUGGGUUUUUUCAGGGGUGGACUGGGACAAGAAUUCGGGCCUGGCAUUUUAUCCACACCAGCCCACACCACAGUGCGCGCCGCCUACUCAUUUUCCACUGGUGUCACUAUCUUUUACAGUUGGUGACACCAGCCCAUGAUAUGGUCGAACCCAAAUGUCCAAAUCAUGAGUUACCAUCUAAUCAAGUCAGUCAUAGUGCAAAAAAAACACAUUUCACCGUUUUAUUUCCAAAAUCGGGUCACCUUAAUUGACAAUAUAGCAAAUAUAGUCAAUUUGUCAACCCAAAAUUCAUGACAAUCACUGGAUUAGGUUGCACAUCAAAAUAUAAUAUAUUCAAACAUAAGUCCAAGCAGGAAUGUAUGAGUUCAUGAUAUUUUGAUAUGCAUCCUAAUCCAGCCAUUGUCAUGAGUUUUGACUUUGAAUUUGUGUUUGCGUGACCUCAGCUCAGCCUAUCAGAAAACUGGGCCGGCAAUUCUAAUAGGUCCAUCCAUUGCCCACUGAUCAGCCAAAGGCUCAUUAGCAAAAAUCAUUAAUAAAGGCCCAUGGGACACCGGCCAUGUCAUCUUACUCUUUUUGUAUAUAGAAAAAUAAAACAAGUUGUGUGUGUAAAUUUCGACCAGCCCACCCAACAAAAAAAUUAUCUAGCCCAUCUGGCAUUUGACAGAUGGCCAAGCUGCCUCUGGGUUUUUGAAUGAUUUUAGUUUUUUCCCCCAUUCCUACGAUAUUCCUGCAAAAAAUGUAUAGUUUACCACCCAUACAGUAGGUGGCGGCAUGCACCUCAAACGAUUGUUUGCCGACGACCACAAUACCAUAGAAGAAGGAUACUUAGAUAUUCUUGCCUGUUUCAUGUUACGGUGCUAGAAGGGAUCCAGCUUUUUGUAGCAGGUUAGGAGAAUUUACGAAGCAGGUUAGGAAAAGGGUUGGGGUUAGCUAAAAUGAACAAAAAAUAUAUUUUGAUCUUCAUUUGACAAAACUGGAUCUCAUCUAGAUACCAACCAUUCAUAGGGUUGUUACUAGACGAAGUACAGCUACGGACGAUAUUUACCAUUGAACUACUGCGAGAGUUUGGAUGUACGUUUUGAAGCCUGAUAAAUCGGCUUCUUAUACGUCAGUGGUCGGAUAUCACUUUUGCUAUGGCAAUAGCAGCUAGAGGCAGGAGAGCAAUGCGCAGAUAACGGGUGGUCAAUAUGGAGUUUAUUUGAAAAUACCACAUUUAGGCUGUAUUGGCAUUUGGCAGGACAACUUGGCUUGGUUAUAUUGUAUCUGUGCGCUGAUACAUUGUAGUUCAUUUCCGCAGACCUUAUUUUCGGCCCCUAUCCUUUCCCCAUUCAGUUUUUCCAUAGAGACGGCUGAAAGAACCAGAGGUAGCUUAUUUUCGGAUUUUAGGACUACACAUUUUUUAAAUUAACAACAAAUCAAUUACAUAAAGCACACGAGCAUACAUAGAUUACAAACAAUGGACAAUCGAGCUAGGGGUAGGUUUUAGGACUACAAAUCGAAGCGAUAUCCGACUCCGAUUCGUCAUCAGUCCAAACUCUCGCGGUAGUUCAAUGGUACAUCUCGUCCGUAGCUGUACUCCAUCUAGUCACAACCGUUUCACAGCGGUACCGAGAACAGUUUCCACGUAAUCUUUUUUAUUGUUUAGACAUUUAUUAACACCAAGGAACUGAAUCAUAUGACUCAUUUAACGGCACAGCAUCACGUUCUCACACCAGGUGAUGGACAUCUCACUGGAGGCCAUAGGAACUUUCUGAAGCCAGCGGGACACAAUACAUGGAAAGAUGACCAACCAAUCACUGUUGAUGAGGGGAGUGGAACCUCAACCCAGCACGUUAUUGUGAUAGAGUCUGUAGAUACAGAGGCUGCAGGUCCUGAAGGAUCGUCUCUGGUCAAGCAGGAGAAGACUGAAGGUGAGGAGGACCAACAGCACAGCAGAGACAUCCAGACUGGAGCGGCUGUAGCCACAGAGGACCCCACCAAUGCCCCAGCACAGCCCAGGACUCGACGCAGCAUCAUGGAGGUCAGUGGAACGCUGAACUCCGUCCUCAAUUCCGAGACAGAUACCAAGACUUUAGCUGUAACACACAGGCUUUUACACACAGGAUCUGACCACAGAUCAGACCCAAAGAGACUUGGGCUGUGGAAACUUGGCAGUCCUCCUGCUCCCGGCUCAGACUAUGUACCGGUAUUUCACCAGAACGAGAGGACUGUUCAUUCCCGCGAGGAUGGUGAUGGUGAUGCGUUACACACUGGCGGUGAUGAUCCGUCUUGUUCUUACGCUACAGAGAUGGACCCUGGCAACAUUCCCUUGGGUUUAGAGACACAGACUGAUCUGUCUAGAGGGGACUGGAACCAGUACAGUAGUAGUAUAUACUCUGAAGGGUGCCAAGAUAAGAAAGUGGAGGGUCUGGUUGUAGAGGAAGUGACUGUGAAAGUGGAGGGCGACAUUUCUCCCACAUGGAAUGCAGAUAGUCACUUAGGAGACGGACACUCACAGGGAAGAUAUUUCUUAGAUUACAGGGAAAGCUUAGAGAAAAAUCCAAAUGUCGCAACCCACUCGCCUUCAUACGCAUUCGGGGACCGUGACCCAGUGUCCACGUCGAUGGGGCCUUCCGAUUCACACAGCCGCAUCCUUUUCGAUCAGGUAUUGCACUCAAACGACAGUGCUAGAGCCCAGGCUCGGGGAGGGGGAGAAACAUCAGACAAUAGUAAAGAGAAACGGUUCCUCUGCAUGUUCUGUAACAAAGGCUUCAGCAGCCCUCAGAGUGUGGAGAUCCACCAGAGGGUCCACAGAGGGGUUAAACCCUUCAGCUGUACCCAGUGUCACAUGCGCUUCAGCCAAUCUAGUGACCUGAAGAGGCACCAGAGGGUCCACAGAGGGGUGAAACCCUUCAGCUGUACCCAGUGUCUAAUGCGCUUCACCCAGUCUAGUGACCUGAAGAGGCAUCAAAGGGUCCAUACAGGGGAGAAACCCUUCAGCUGCCCCCAGUGUGACAUGCGCUUCACCCAGGCUGGCAGCCUGAAGAGGCACCUGAAGGUCCACACAGGAGAAAGGCCGUUCGCCUGUCCGCACUGCGGGAAGAGGUUCUCAGAGAGGAGAUACCUCAGGAUACAUCAGCAGAAAAACCAUUCCACUCUAUAAACUAGAAACCAUUCCAUGUUAUAGCGUAUUACGUUUAGAUCAAACCCUGCGUUGUUGUCAGCAGAAAAGAUCCACAGAUGCAUUUGGAGUAGUGAAAGUAACACAUUUCAGUGUUGAAUAUUCCUGUUUUGAAUAUUUAAUCUGACAACUUGAAUGAAACAUUUGUGAGGAUGGUAGUGGCCUAUAUUGCCACUCCUAUUUGCUAUCUCUUCAGUAUAAGCCUACAAGCCACUCAGGCGUGGAGGGAAGCAAAAGUCAUUCCGCUACCCAAGAAUAGCAAAGCACCCUUUACAAACUCAAACAGCCAACCAAUCAACCUGCUACCAACCCUUAGUAAACUUCUUGAAAAAAAAUUGUGUUUUACCAGAUACAAUGCUAUUUCACAAUAAACAUAUUAACAACUGACUUUCAGCCUGCUUAUAGCGAAGAGCACAUCAUACACAAUGAUGAUUGGCUGGAAGAAAUUGAUAAUAAGAAGCUUAUGGGAGAUGUUUUGUUAGACUUCAGUGCAGCUUUUGACAUUAUCGAUCAUAAUUUGCUGCUGGAAAAAUGCAUGUUAUGUCUUUACGUGCCCAUUUUUACCACAUUCUUGCCAGCAUACGCCUUUUAUACCUCCUAUGCGCAUGCCAGAAUGCAGGUGACGAGUAGCAGUAGUGGUGUGCAGAUGCUGGUGGGCGUUUAUUUGAAUAAAUCCAUUAAAUAUACACUUUCAAAAAUAUAUACUUUAUUUUUUUUUUGUCAGGCAGGUCCUAAGAAACAUAAGACUAAUAAUGUAUUUUCAAAGGGAUAGAAUAGGCCUAGCAUAGAGUUUAAUGAUGUUACGUACAAAUGAAUUAAGCCAAUAGUUCAUUAUUUUGUUCAUUAAACCCACGACACACACCUACCCCAUUCAGUCAACACGCUUGUAUUUUAUAGUAAGAAUAAAUACAUAAAAUACAAAUUAUAUUUUUCCUACACAACUACUGUCAUAUAAAAAAGUGGUAUUCUGAAAUAGAAGCACGUGCUUUUUUGAUCCACAUUUCAUCUAUUUCCUACCCUCACUCCGCUUUGUUAGGGAGCAGAAAAUAAGAGUCGAGUUCAUAUUUCACAAUCUCCGCAGGCUUUUGGAGUUGCCUUUACGCGAUCGAGCAAAAUAGUAGGUCUACGCUUGCUACAUUAUAGCAUUCAAUAUGUUUCUGAUUUGCUCAGCCAGAAACCAAUUAACCAAAUAGCCUGAGACAAAUCUGUGAAGUCGGGAUUAGGCGUAGGCUACUAAGCAACUGCGAGUGAAGGGCAAAAUAAUCCACUUGUUAAACUGCAUUGGCCUAUAUUACAUGCUGACACAAUGUUCUAACAAAUGAGCCAACAUGAUCAUGAGCAGCACUCACCUCAACUUAGCUAACAUUUCCCCAGGUGACAUCAGUAAGGGACCAUAACUUUCACCUGGUCAGUCUAUGCCAUAGACAGAGCAGGUGUUCCUAAAGUUUUGUACACUAUGUAUAAGCCACUUAAACCUAAAAAGUCUGUCAUAUAUUGUAUUUGUACUGUGUAGGCUAUAUGAUGUUCGCAAAUGCCUGUUUCAUUACUUUACUUCAACUACUUUGUUUGUCCCCAAGACGCUUUCAAUUAGAAAAUGAAUGCAGUUCAUGUGUAUGUGUGGUUUUCAUAUGAUUUAUUUAAAACUUGUUUAAUAAACACAAUGUGACUUUUCA